UGGCUCGGUCGCGGUCCCCAAAGCUAGGUUUUAGAGACUGCUCAACCUAGGUGUCCUGAAGAACUGCGGCGGCCCCCUCCCCCGCACGGGAGGGAAGCCGGGACGAGGUUGGCCCCCCUCUCUCGGAGUCUGGGCGUGGGCCCCGCUGCAGCUCCGCGGAGCCUCGGUGCCUCCUGCAAAGGGGGGCGGGGGAGCCCUGAGCUGCGGCUUCCUCCCGCGCGGAGUCUCCUGCGCACCGCCGAGCAGGACGCCAGCGCCAGCCUGGUCCCCACGCCGCGGCGCGCCUGGCCUUCCCGCCGCCCCCAGAACAAUCAACCAUGACGACCGAAUCGGGAUCAGACUCCGAAUCCAAGCCAGACCAGGAGGCUGAGCCUCAGGAGGCAGCAGGGCCUCAGGGGCAAGCAGGGGCGCAGCCUGGACCAGAGCCUGCCAGCGAGGAGCAGCCAGCACUAGAGCAGUUCCCUGAAGCUGCGGCACACAGCACCCCAGUGAAGAGGGAGGUCGGAGACAAAGACCGGGACUUCACUGCCGCAGCUGCCAAACAGCUUGAGUACCAGCAAUUUGAGGACGAUAAGCUCUCUCAGAAAUCAUCCAGCAGCAAACUCUCACGGUCCCCGCUGAAGAUUGCGAAAAGGCCUAAAAGCAUGCAGUGCAAAGUGACGCUUCUGGACGGCUCAGAGUACGGCUGCGACGUGGAUAAGCGUUCCCGAGGACAAGUGCUGUUUGACAAAGUGUGCGAGCAUCUGAACCUGCUGGAGAAAGACUACUUUGGCCUCACAUAUCGAGACGCAGAGAAUCAGAAGAACUGGUUGGACCCUGCUAAGGAAAUUAAAAAGCAGAUUCGGAGUGGUGCUUGGCAUUUUUCAUUUAAUGUGAAGUUUUACCCACCAGACCCUGCCCAGCUAUCUGAAGAUAUCACCAGGUACUACCUCUGCUUGCAACUGCGAGAUGAUAUUGUGUCCGGACGGCUCCCCUGUUCCUUCGUGACUCUUGCCUUGCUGGGCUCCUACACGGUGCAGUCAGAGCUCGGGGACUAUGAUCCCGAUGAAUGUGGGAAUGACUACAUUAGUGAGUUCCGCUUUGCGCCAAACCACACGAAAGAACUGGAGGAUAAAGUGAUCGAGCUGCACAAGAGCCACAGAGGAAUGACGCCAGCUGAAGCAGAGAUGCAUUUCCUGGAAAAUGCCAAAAAGUUGUCCAUGUACGGGGUGGACUUACACCAUGCCAAGGAUUCGGAAGGAGUAGAGAUUAUGUUAGGAGUUUGUGCCAGCGGUCUGUUGAUAUAUCGUGACCGACUUCGAAUAAACAGAUUUGCUUGGCCGAAGGUCUUAAAAAUUUCUUAUAAACGGAACAACUUUUACAUUAAAAUCCGGCCAGGAGAGUUUGAACAAUUUGAAAGCACUAUUGGGUUCAAGUUGCCGAACCACAGGGCUGCCAAGCGCCUCUGGAAAGUGUGUGUGGAGCAUCAUACAUUUUUCAGACUAUUGCUACCAGAAGCUCCUCCAAAGAAAUUCCUGACCUUGGGCUCCAAGUUCCGCUACAGUGGCAGAACCCAGGCGCAAACGAGAAGAGCCAGUGCGUUGAUAGACCGCCCGGCCCCUUACUUUGAACGUUCAUCCAGCAAGCGAUACACCAUGUCUCGAAGCUUGGACGGAGCGUCAGUGAGUGAAAACCAUGAAAUAUACAUGAAGGAUUCUAUGUCUGCUGCAGAGGUUGGUACAGGCCAGUACGCCACAACAAAGGGCAUCUCUCAGACCAACUUGAUCACCACUGUGACUCCAGAGAAAAAGGCUGAAGAGGAACGCGUGGAGGAAGAGGACAGAAGGAAGAAGGCUGAGGAAGCCACACCCGUCACAGCCCUCCGGCACGAGGGAAAGUCACCACUGGGGCAUGGCACUGCUGACUCAUGUCCCCUGUCACCCCCAUCAGCCCAUCUUGACCCUCCCUCUCCCACAGAGCUCCGUAGGAGGUGUAAGGAGAAGGAAAGGGCCUCUCCCGGUUCUGCUCUACCUAAAGCAGAGCAGGCUUCAGAGCCGGAGGCCCAGGGGAAGGCCUACUUAGGGGACCAAGAUGUGGCAUUUAGCUACAGGCCGCCAGCUGGCAAAGGAACGACGACGACGCUCUUUUCCUUCUCCUUGCAGCUCCCUGAGUCAUUCCCCUCGCUCCUGGAUGAGGACGGGUACCUCUCUUUCCCCAACCUGUCUGAAACCAACCUCCUGCCCCAGAGCUGGCAGCACUUCCUGCCCAUCCGCUCACCCUCCCUCCUCCCCUGCUUCCUCUUCAUCUUCUUCUUCCUGCUGUCGGCCUCCUUCUCAGUGCCAUACGCCCUCACUCUCUCCUUCCCUCUGGCUCUGUGUCUCUGCUACCUGGAGCCCAAGGCGGCCUCCUUGAGCGCCUCCCUAGACAAUGACCCGAGUGACAGUUCAGAGGAAGAGACUGACAGUGAACGGACAGACACCGCCGCUGAUGGAGAGACCAGUGCCACGGAGUCGGACCAGGAGGAAGACGCAGAGAUCAAGGCACAGAAUAGUCUGAUUAAGCGAAUAAAGGGUGAAAAUGUGUAUGUCAAACAUAGUAAUCUUAUGUUAGAGGAGCUAGAUAAAACUCAAGAUGAGCUGAUGAAGCACCAAACCAAUAUUAGUGAGCUGAAACGAACCUUCUUAGAAACCUCUACAGAAACUGCCUUAACAAACGAAUGGGAAAAGCGGCUCUCUACGUCUCCCGUGCGGCUGGCUGCCAGGCAGGAGGAUGCGCCCAUGAUCGAGCCUCUUGUUCCUGAGGAGACCAAGGAAGAGAGAGAGAUUUCCGAGAAAGUUGUAUUUUUACAGCAAGGAAGCUCGCCAUUUCUUGAGUCUCAGCCAAGUGUGACUAAGAAAACACAGGAGGGAGUCUUCGCAGAAUCUGUGGCUACUUCUCAUCAAAUAAUUUUCCAGAAAACUGUCCCGUCAACCCUUGAGACUAAGCAGUCUUCUGGGGAGAAGCUCAUGGAUGGCUCGGAGAUCCUCAGUCUAUUAGAGUCUGCGAGGAAACCCACAGAGUUCAUAGGAGGGGUUUCAUCUACCACAGAGAGCUGGGUGCAGAAACUGGAAACGAAGACUGAGACUGUUGAAACAGAGGUGGAAUCCACCCCACACUCUCAGCCCCUUGGCACGGAGAAGGUGUUACAGGAAACGGUGCUGGUAGAGGAGAGGCACGUGAUGAAUGUGCACGCCAGCGGGGAUGCUUCUCACACAGCCAGGGAUGAAGUUGAUGCCACAGAAUCCAUACCUGCAGAUCGACACACUGGGAAUGGGAAGGAGGGCUCUUCUGUGACAGAAGCAACAAAGGAACAGAGAGUAGAGGAAGUUGACAAGUCUGCCCCUGAGCAGGAACAGGCAGCCACUGGUUCCCAUGAGGAGGAUCAGGUGUCAGCCAUCCACUCUUCUCAGGGUUUGGAACAAAAGUCUCAUUUUGAGUCAUCCACUGUGAAGGUGGAAAGCGUGAGUGCGGGCAGUGUUUCUCCAGGAGGAGCAAAGCUAGAGAUCUCUACCAAGGAGGUACCAGUCGUCCACACAGAAACGAAAACCAUCACAUACGAGUCAUCUCAGGUCGAUCCUGGGGCGGAUCUGGAGCCAGGUGUGCUAAUGAGUGCCCAGACGAUCACGUCGGAAACCACUAGCACUACCACCACCACGCACAUCACCAAAACUGUGAAAGGAGGCAUUUCGGAGACGAGGAUUGAGAAGCGAAUAGUCAUCACGGGGGAUGCUGACAUUGACCAUGACCAGGCGCUGGCUCAGGCAAUUAAAGAGGCCAAAGAGCAGCACCCUGACAUGUCAGUGACCAAAGUAGUAGUCCAUAAAGAGACAGAGAUCACACCAGAGGACGGAGAGGAUUGACCGCAGGAGUAACAGCCUGCACAUGAAUCCAGUCAUGUAAACCGUUAGGAAAACCAUUGCCUACGUGGAAUUCCCUCUUCUAACCCAACUGACUUAUAUCUGUCUGUGGAAAAUUCCGGUCUGGAAGAGCUGACCUUGACAUUCAGUGAAAGACCCUGGCAGAGAGAUCUUCCCGUCAUAAAGCAAAUCCGAAUCAGCAUCACUAAACCGAUACUGCAUGAAGCAACGAUGAAGCAAAAUCACAAAAAGAGCAAAACUUUUAAUUUUCACCAAAAUAUCUCCGUUUUCAACUCUACCUGCACGUUCAUAACCAACAGUGUAAACCGUGAUCUCAUGUAACCCAUUGACAACUCAUGCCUUUCAUAGUUUAUUAUUAAAGUCUCCACGGAACUGCAGUUUCAUAGGUGACAAAUUCUUUGUUUACAGUAAAUGGUAAUCACCCUACAAUGCUAUCAGCCGUCUAGGUCCGGUGUGUCAGAUUUACCCCAGGUUAGAUGUGCCAAUAACCAACCUUAUUCAGUAAACAACUUGAAUCUUGUCCUUGUCUAAUCUGGUUUUAUUAUCCUCGCCCACAAGCAGUAACGACUCUCUGACCCUCUAGAAUUAUUUAAUGCUUACAAUCUUGCUUUAUGUCUUAUUUGUUCUAAGGUAGCAUUGGUUUUAGCACACUGAUGUAAUUUCUUUCUCCUCACUUGCUCUGGUCUCCAUUCAAAUCCAGAAAGAUUCCCGGAAUUACCUAAGCAAACCCUCAAUAUGUAAAUUAAUCAUUGUUUGGGAAGAAAAUAUGUAUUUUUUUUGUUAGUUGACAAUAUUAUGAAAAUUUGCUCCAGGGAAUACCUGUCUGCUUUUGCUUUCUGCUCUUUUUCCUUGUAUUCUUUUCAUUGAUUUUUUUUUCUUCUUUUACUUGAACGAAAAAGGUGUUUUAUUUACAAAUCUGGUCCAUAUUUACAAUCUAGUUCAGAGCCAAGCCUUAAAUUGUACAGAAUUUCCACUGUAAUUAAAAUAUCUAGUGUUUAGUUAUAAAUAGCCUCCAGAAAGAUAUAUUGUCCACUACACUGUCAACUGCAUCACAGCCCCAUUGUGAAUGAUGUCACUGCAUCGCAAAAUAAAAAUGGCAAAUGCAUUGAAACAC